GGAAGAAGUGUGGCACGCAUGUAGCGGAGCGAUAACCUCAAAAUUUGAUGAUAAUUCAUUCAACUUCCAAAGGUUUCACCCCAAGUCACUUAUCAACACAACUGCCCCUAAAAGUAGUCAGAUAUGUCGUGGAUAUUUGGAUAUGGACGAAAUAAAGAUCAAGUACCCGACUUGUCUCAGAUGGGGUUGGGUAAUCCUACAGGAGCCGGUGGUUCAGAUGAUGGUGGCCCAAAAGAGCCUAAUUUAACAAAAGCUGAACGAAAAGCUAUGGAAGCAUACAGAUUUGACUCCACUGCGUUGGAGAGAGCCGCACAGGCUGCGAAAGAACUGGAGAAGUCAAGGCAUGCCAAAGAAGCUUUAGAACUUUCAAAACUUCAAGAAACUACACGUCAAAUUGAACAACAGGCCAAAAUCAAAGAAUAUGAAGCGCACAUCGCUCAAAUGCAAAUUGAAGCAAAGAGGGCAGAAGCGGAAGAAAAACGGAAACUUUUACAAGAGGAAACGAAGCAGCAUCAAGCUAGAGCCCAAUAUCAGGAUCAGCUGUCUAGAAAACGCUAUGAUGAUCAAUUGGGUCAGCAACAGAGGAUGAACGAAGAGAAUCUGAGGAGACAAGAAGAAUCUGUAGCAAAACAAGAAGCUAUGCGGAAAGCUACCAUAGAACAUGAAAUGGAACUGAGGCACAAAAAUGAAAUGAAGAAGGUCGAAGCAGAGCUGAAAGCAAAAGCUAAGAUCGAUAGAGAAAACCGAGAUUUGACAUUGGAACAAAUACGAUUAAAAGCAGAAGAAAACCGUAUAACAGUUUUAGAAAGUAUAAAAACAGCAGGAACAGUUUUAGGUUCAGGAGCUCAAGCCUUACUCACCGACUGGAACAAAGUUCUCACGGCAGCUGGAGGUUUAACUCUAUUAGCUUUGGGAGUAUAUUCUGCCAAAGGGGCAACAAGCGUUACAGCUAGAUACAUUGAAUCAAGAUUAGGUAAACCUUCUCUGGUAAGAGAAACGUCUAGAUUUUCUCUCUUGGAAUCUGUUAAGCAUCCCAUUGAAACUCUGAAAAAAUUGAAGCACUCGGAGCAAAAUGCACUGUCUGGUAUCAUCUUGGCUCCAAAAUUGGAAGAGAGGUUGAGAGAUGUAGCUAUAGCAACAAAGAAUACAAAACAGAAUAAAGGAAUGUAUAGGAAUAUCCUUAUGCAUGGACCGCCUGGAACAGGGAAAACGAUGUUUGCAAAGAAACUAGCUAAACAUUCUGGAAUGGAUUACGCUAUUCUUACAGGAGGAGAUAUUGCACCAAUGGGACGAGAUGGAGUAACAGCUGUACAUAAAGUAUUUGAUUGGGCAAACAGUACAAGGAAAGGACUCUUAUUAUUCGUCGAUGAAGCAGAUGCAUUUUUGAGAAAACGCUCAUCAGAAAACAUAUCCGAAGACUUGCGAGCCACUCUCAACGCCUUUUUGUAUCGUACAGGUGAACAGAGUCAAAAGUUCAUGCUGGUAUUAGCGUCGAAUACUCCCGAACAGUUUGACUGGGCAGUCAAUGAUCGUUUAGAUGAAAUGGUGGAAUUUGGACUACCUGGUUUGGAAGAACGAGAGAGGCUUAUUAGAUUAUAUUUUCAAAAAUUCGUUCUGGAACCUGCUACUGAAGGAAAAAGGAGACUCAAGGUUGAUAACUUCGAUUAUAGUGCUCUGUGUAGUAAAAUGGCCCGAAUGACUGAAGGCAUGUCUGGGAGAGAAAUUGCUAAGUUGGGAGUAGCUUGGCAAGCUGCAGCUUAUGCUUCUGAGGAUGGAGUGCUUACUGAAAAAAUGGUUUUGGACAAGGUGGAAGAUCAUGUUAAACAGCACAGGCAGAAGGUGGAGUGGCAAUCAGAACAAGAGAAGAAAGAAUCAAAGAGUAUCUACCACUCCGAGAAGGAAGAUUCCUAUAUACCCAUUGUACCGAAAGCAAUUGAGGGUACCGAGGUCCAUGUGAAAAGAGAAGACCAAGAUAGUGACCAAGCCAAAGAAUCAACAAAAAAAGAUGAAAGUAGUCCAUCCAGGAAACCAACUAGAAGUGAAAAAAGUUAGGAUUCUAACGGUUUGUAGUUUGUUACUUGCUAGGAUUGAAUAAACAUGAGGUAAACUUUUUGAUCCUGCCAUAGUUUACUUCAAACUGAAGCCCGUAAAUGAAUAUUUUAAUUUAUCUCGAACCGAGAGUUGCAUUUACUGUUACUGUUUCAAUCGCUCUCGAUCAUUUUUAUUGAAUUUACAGAAACUUUAUGAAUUUACUUUGUAAUCUGACCUUGUGAUACUCUGAAUGCGCCUCAGGGAAAUUUUAUCAGCGUUCUCUGCAUUCGAAUUUUGAUAUAUUUUGUUAUAUGUUUUGAAGAUUGUGUGGAAAUUAUAUCCAAAAUAGGUUUUUUGUAAUAAAGUUACAAAGUUCGACUUG